UCUGUCUCUUUCUUUACAAGCCCAUUAACAACAACUUGCUUCUCUAUGUCCUCAUCUAUAUCAAACGGUGGCAUAAUUAUUGACACAUAGCACGAACACCAUACUUUCAGACAUUCUAUGGAUCAUCUCAAGCUUUUUAUACAACAAAAGAGCGGAUGUUGUAGGUGGUACAUACGCACACUGGAGGGAAAAGUCUCUAAAAAAGACGCCACAGUUUCCUGCUUAUAUACAAACUGUGUUACAUAUAUUCUUAUCAUUCACGUGAAUCCAGAAAGAAUACAGGUUGCCGUUCGUUCUCCAACAACAACGGUCUACAUGUACAACUCUAUAAACUCUACCAAAUGUAAAGUAAAGCUUGCAUGCACGAUGUAUUUUUUCUUAUGUGCCACGAUGAAGUUUUUCCAUGCGCCGUUCGGAAUUUCUUUUUUCCAUCACGGCGUUUUAAGCUUUUGGUUUCUCCGCUUAAAGUUUUGGGCAAAAGUCCGUCAGUGUGCAUUUACGAUUAAUAGCCUAGAAUGCAAGUCUUGUGAACUGUGGCUUUAGGUGGAAACAUCUCAUGGUUCCGUAGACAGUGUGUACGAGGGCGUAGGGGAAUUGACG